AUGUGGAUAUUACCGCUAGUGGGAUACUUCGGCGUGGUGGUCGGCUUUGCCUUCCUCACGCUGUCGAUUGCUUCGGGACUCUACUAUCUAUCCGAACUCGUUGAAGAACAUACAGUGCUCGCCCGCCGACUAUUGACCCGCCUGAUUUACGGCAUCAUCGCGGUUCAAGUCCUCUUGAUGAUAAUUGACCGAUUCCCCGUGUCAUUGUCUUUGCUGAGCAUUGUCUCGCACUUGGUCUACGCCAGCAACCUGCGUCGCUUCCCCAUCGUGAAACUAUCCGACCCUCUCUUCGUCCUCUCCUGUUUCCUUGUGGGCCUCAACCAUUGGCUAUGGUUCCGUCAUUUCUCGAAACCCCCUCCUCCGUCGAACAACUGGCGCCAGCCAUAUGGAGUCAAUUAUGAGGAGAUGCCAUCAUUCUCGGAGGUGGCCUCCUACUUUGGACUCUGCGUUUGGCUCGUUCCGUUUGCCUUGUUUGUCAGUCUGAGUGCGGGAGAUAACGUUCUCCCAACUAUGGGCUCCGAGUAUGCCACCGGGGACCGGGCCAAUGGCCUGGGUCACAGUCGUGGCCCGUCCGACGGCAAAUCCAAGAACAAGGGAAUGGCCAAGGCCCUGGUCGAUGGCGUCCGCGACUGGGCCCGGGAGAAUGGAGAGCUGAUGGGAUUUUGGAGGGGAGAGCAAACAAGACGAUUCUGA